GCAAUAAUUACGAUUCUCUUAUUUAUUUUGCAAACAAGUAGCAUUGCGGUCCUCUGGCAUUAGACGUAAAUAGAUAAGUGCAGCAUACGGAUGAUAUGGAUGUACAGUUGACAGUACAUCCCACUGUGAAUGCAGGUUGAAUUACGCUGUGGUGAAUUUCUCCAAUUUUAUAGCAUUAUUUAUUUGCAUUUGAAUGGAUACAUUAAUGAAAUAAAAUCGCUGAGAAAGUUAUUUAGUGGUUGAAAUUGGAGGCCCAAAUCCACACUAGGAGCGAAGUAAUUAGAUUUUAAAACUCGAAAGUAAAUGACGGAACGCAUCCACUAAAUGAUGUUAAUGCAAUUGAUCUCUAGAUAAAAAGGAGUCUGUGUCUGUGUGCACAUUCGGGAUCCGUUAUAAAAAUUCUCACCACCAAAAUGUUUACUUUUGGCGUUUGUCUUCAUUAGAGGAGACACAUGCCGGAGUGCUUCUCUGCCACACUUUUGCCUUCACGGACUGAUAAAAAGAUUAUAAUAAAUGGCGAGAUUUUAACUAAAUUGCAAUAAAUUAUGAUUUAUAAGUAAGUAAAGGAAGUAAAGUAAAUAUUGGAGUUUGGAGAAGAAGAGGGAGACCAGAAAUGAAGGCAGGGGUUGAAGUUGACGGAAGGGGUUGGUUGUUAGUUUUGGUUGUUGCGUGUCAUGAAAAUUUCCAUUAUUUAUUCCAUGCCCUGAGUGCGAUUACGUUUUGAUUCACAUCCAUUUCGAUUGAAGAUGAAGGGCGAAUAAGUCCAAAUCCAAUUGAAAUUGGUCACAAAAUAUUAUCUGGAAUAAAUAACUCGUAAAUAAGCCGAGAUUUGAUUUGGGAUAAACGAAUAAUCUUAACAAGACUUGAGUCGGAAACCAACCGCGACAAAAUUGCCCCUAUACGUAUCCCGAUCAACAAAAAUUAUUACUUUUGCGUCAAAGUAACGCAUCCAUGGUGAAAAUUUUUAACAAACAAAAAAAGGCGUGAUUAUUGCAUAAAUUUUGUGCUAAGUUUGGUGUGCACCGUGAGACACGCUAAAUUUGCAUUAACCUUUAGGAUCCCAGUCCACGAAUGUCAUGGAAUUUAAUAAAUUUUCACUUAAAUCCCAUGUACACGAGUGUCAUGGAAUUUGUAAAACAUCCCACAAAUCCCAAGUCCACGAAUGUCAUGGAAUUUUGAAAUUUGACCCUGUGUCCCAGAUACAUGAAUAUCAUGAAUACGCGACAAAAUGCGUUGAAUCCCGUAUACACAAAUACGUGUAUUUUCAAAAAAUUACAAAUUUGGCGACCGUGGAAACAUUGCAUGAAAUUGAAGGGUUUUGAUAUGGCGCCCGAGUUAGGGCUUAUGGAAUCGUGAUGGUUGUCCGUCUGUCUGUCUGUCCGUGAACAGGCUAGAGCCAAAACGACUGACCCGAUUCACAUGAAAUUUUUAGUAUAUGCAAAUUGGACAAAGUUAGAAACGAGUUCGCAGAUGGGGAAAUUGGUCAAGUGGUUGACCGGUGGGGGUCGUCUGAGUGGAUGGGGUACUAUACACUAAAAUUUCAAAAUUGUCAUAGAAAGCUGAAAUUUGGUAUAGAGCUUGCUAAUGGCUUCUAUUGAAAGAAUAUGAAGUAAAAUUGCAAAAUCUUACCGAGGGGACCCUAUGGGUGACCCAUGCCGGUUUUAAGACAUUGUCGUAAAAAUAUAAAAAUCGGCAUAGGAUACUGAAUGGGUUCUCAUGAAAGUAUAUGAAGUUCAAAGUGGUCAAUGUGUAACCUUAGUGACUCUAGAGGGUGACCCAUACUGGUUUUAAAAGUUGCUAUUUUCAGCUGGAAUUUGGGAUAGGGGCUAAAAAUGACUUCUGAAUAGCAAAUAAAACUUUGGAAGAUUUGAAAGAAGCAAGUCACAGUGGUCCUGGUAGUCAAGGAAGGAUUUGUAAAUACUCCACAAAAUAACAAAUAUUCUGCACACAUUCGACCAUUCCCAACACGGGGUGUGGUAAUCGCAGUCCGGUCAAUUCGGACAAAAAUUUAGGAGCGGUCCGUCCUUGACUAAGGACAUUGUAUAAUUGCAGACAAUGUAGGUUUGUGGCUAUUUUUGAAAAUCGGUAUGGGUCAUCUCCCUCCUCCACCCCAUAUUGUCCCUCUGGUUAAAUAUUUUUAGAUUUCCCCUCCGAGUCUUUCAUUACACGCCAUUAGCACUCAAUGUGCUGAAUUUCAGCUUUCUAGCGAUAUUUUCAAGUUUGGUGUCGAUUCCACCCACCUAUCUAUAUGACCUCACUCGACAGAUUUGGCUCACUUGCGAACUCGAUUAUUUUUGGCACCUGCAAAAUUUGAAGGCAAACCGUUUUGGGUGUAUGGUAUCGGUGGACCGAAAGACAGACAUGGCAAAUACAUAAGGCCUCACUGGGAUAAAAAUUUCUGGUUCGGGCUAUGCGAAGCUGUACUAAUAGGUUUUUCACCACGGUAAUAGUAUAUGUAUAUGGGAAGUAGUUUUUGUGGAUUAUCAUUGCAUGUGAUAAUACAAAUAUAUUCCGUUGGUUUUUUCUUGAAAAUAAAAUUCGGGUCAGUGUGGUCGAAAAAGAUUCAGCAGCUUGGGUGCGUGAGGACAGAUAGCUGACAAUUAUUUGGGCCUUAAAGGGCAUUUAAUUGAAGAUUAAUUAGGGACUUAGUGAUACGAUUUUUCGUGACAACAAUUUUGAAAUGGGAUCCUAAAGGUUAAAAAACUGUAACCUAUGGUUGAAAAAUUAUUGCACCCAAACGUGCUGAGAUAUUGCGUAAAAAUACCGCACCAAUAUCUCGUCAAUACCCACAUUACAUGAGGCGUUAAAAUCAUGCAAUUUAUACGCAAUGAAUGGUGGGUGCGAAGAGACAGGCAACGCGCGAGAGUUUGAAUUUAAGAGAAGCGUGGUAUUUCCUUUUCUCUCCCACCCUCGCAGUCUCGUAAAUUCCCUGUUAAUUUAAUUCCCUGUUAAUUUAUCUGUUGUCUCAAUGUCGCCAAAAAAAUAUUACAUAAUUGAAUUCCCCCCUGAUAAAUACAAUUCAGUGCCUGUGGAGCUUGUUCCAAGUCACUGGGUUAUCCCCGCAGAGAAAGUUUGUCUCUGGCCACCAAACUCUGGGCCAAGUAUCAGAAAUUUGAUAAAAAAGGGCACUGCUAUUCCUGAUGUCAAGUGGGGAAGAGUUAGCUACGCCAGGAUUAUUGGGAAUUACGAUGAUUAUGAAGUUGCGACAAAAAAACUUCAAGUAGCCGAGGACACUUCCAACUUGGAAAGUGAAACAGAACCAGAAAGCAGAUUAAGGAGCAAGAAGAUAAUUCCCGAUAUUCAGCCCAGCAGCACACGAGGGGAUGUAACGUCUUCAUCCGAUGAGGAGGAUAGCGAAGCGAACAAAAACAGUCCUCCGUCUGGCUCACUUCUGGAUAAUUUGGAGCUGGACCAACCAUUGAGCAUUCCUGAAAUAAUUCCCGAAACUGAAGAGCAAAGCAAUCUACAAGUAGGAAAUCAAGUUGAAACUGGAGACACCUCUUUUGUUGUUGUAAAUUCGCAGGAGUUAAAUGAUUUACGGCUGUUGAUUUCAAGGACAACGCAAAGUGUGCUAACUUUGUUGGAAAAGCAGGCUGAAGACAUUAAAGACAUUAAGGCUUUACUGAUUAAUGUGAAACAAAGGCCGGAUGGUAGGAAGGCUCCCAAUUUCAGUGCCAUUCCAAAAUUACCCCUCGACAACGAGGUAGCACUGGCGGAGUUUGAAUCUUGGCUCGAGGUGGAUUCAAAUCGCGAAUUACUGGUUGAAUAUUUGGCAUUUUCAACUGCGACACAGAUCGAGGCGAGCACUAGAAAAAUCUUGAAAAAAUUAUUUACGAAUGAAUUUGGCAGGCGAAUUAAUUUUACGGGUAAAGGAAACAAGACAUCGAUGAAAAACCUAAAACUAUUGGAAGUCGUAAAAGAAACCGGGCGAAACGUCUUUACAGUUGAGUCCGUUCCCGAUCCCAAAAAUCCCAGCGGCCGUAUUCCCACCGAUGAUAUAAUUCAAACUGCAGCAAUGAAUUGGUUUCGUUCUUCAAAAAGUAGGUGCAACGACGACGCUCCCUCGGGAAUUGCAUCAUAAUCAUGGAUCGAGAUGGAAAAUCACCGAGAAACAUUAGGCGAAUAAUUGCAAAACUGGUUAGAGAGAAUCUCACUCGUGCAAAAAACAUACCUGCUAUUAGUAAUAAUCUUGUAAAUUUAGAUAUAUGUGAUUCUGCCGUUGAGGAUAGCGAUUCAGGUAGUAAUAUUAGCAAUAAUGAUAGAAGCAGUAAUGUUAUCCAUAAUAGUGACGAGCCAUUAGUUUCCGAUUCACUAAGCGACAAUGGUGUAGUAGAAAAUAAUAGGAAUAUUUUAGAUUUAACACGGGACUUGAGGGACUGGUCGCUUCGACAUAACAUAACGGGAGUAGCUUUAAACGAUCUUCUACGCAUAUUUAACUUUUAUCAAGAAUUUAGAUUUCUUCCAUUGGAUAGUAGGACAUUGCUUAAAAACUCAAUUAAAUACUCUAUGAAAACUAUCGGUCAGGGUCAAUAUGCACACUUUGAUGUUAUUCAAAACAUAAAACGGCAAAUAGAUUCCAAUUGUAUUCUUGCUUCUGGUAGCGAAAUUAAAUUAAACCUUAUAUUUAGUUUUGAUGGAUUGCCCAUUUCUAAGAGUAACCAGUUUUGGGCAAUUCAAGCAAAGAAAGUACGUACGGCGUAUUUGUCGUGGGUUUAUUUUAUGGCAAGACAAAACCAGAAAGUAUUGACGAAUACUUGAUGGAUUUGAUAGCAGAGUUAAAAAGUUUGCUAGUUGGGAUUAGUUACAAUAAUUUGAAAAUAUUUUGUAAGGUUUCAAAAAUAAUAGCUGAUGCGCCAGCCAGGAGUUUUUUAAAGCAAUGUAAAAGUCAUAAUGCAUACAAUGGAUGCGAGAAAUGUAUAGAUCCAGGUUUCUGGAAGGGACGUGUAAUUUUCAGAACAUUCGAUAGUCCACUUAGGACAGAUCAAGAUUUUUAUGUUCAAAAAGAUAAACACCACCAUGUAGGCAUUUCCCCGUUUACGGAGCUUAAAAUUUUGAUGAUUUCUUCGGUUCCUCUUGACUACAUGCACCUCAUUUGUUUAGGUGUGGUUAGAAAACUAUUAAGAAGUUGGGUAAAAGGUCCAUUGCCAUUUAAAUUAUCUUCUCGUGAUAUUUCAACUUUAUCAAGUAAAUUAGUAUUAUUUUCGCAUAGUUGCCCUAAAGAAUUUUGUCGUAAGCCGAGGUCAGUAAAAGAGUUAGAUAUGUGGAAAGCGACAGAGUUUAGAACUUUUCUUCUUUAUACAGGACCCGUCGCUUUAAAAGGAUUAUUGUCGCCGAAAAAGUAUACACAUUUUUUAAAUCUUUGCGUAGCAGUCACGAUUCUUAUAACUACCAAGGCGCAAGCAAAUAAUUGGAACGAUUAUGCACGACAGCUUUUAUUGAAGUUUGUUAAAAAUGUUCCCAAUUUAUAUGAAGAAGAGUUCUUAUCAUAUAAUAUGCAUUUCUCUUAUACAUAUUAGUGAUGACGCUUUAAAGCAUGGCCCGUUAGAUUCUUUUAGUGCUUUCGAUUUCGAAAAUAAUAUGCAAGUAAUAAAGCGCUCGCUACGAGCUCACUAUAAACCUUUUGAGCAAACUGUGAAUCGCACUGCUGAGAGAGAAAAUCAUAAGUACCAGUCCCCUGUGAAUUUAAAUAGACACUGUAUUAUAAAAUCGAACGGAAAGGAUCAUUGUUUUAUAUUAAAGGAUGGGAAAGUAGUUGUUAUAAGUAGUAUAAGUAAAGAUAAAAAACAUAUAAAUUGUAGAAAA